AACAACCACAAACGAGAAUUUCGUCCAACAAAAUAUGAGGAAACAAAGCUCUAGAUGAUUGUGUUGUGGACAUUAUUUGCUCUCAUAAUCAAAACCUAAAAACAGAAAUUCUCUUCUCCAUCAUUCUUCUCUAAUUCAUUAAUCUGUUUUGGUUUUCAUUUCAUUUGAUAUUCAAAACCCAUUGUCAACAGAAGAAAAAAAAACCUUCCCCAUUUUUGUUAGUCAAUUCUCAUUGCAAUUAGCCAUGGCGAAUUCGGCAUCUGGAAUGGCGGUGCAUGAUGAUUGUAAGCUCAAGUUUUUGGAGCUAAAAGCUAAAAGGAACUACCGAUUCAUUGUCUUCAAGAUUGAAGAGAAGAUACAACAAGUAACUGUGGAGAGGCUCGGUGAACCUGGCGAAACCUAUGAAGAUUUUGCUGCUUGUUUACCAGAGAAUGAAUGUCGUUAUGCUGUCUACGAUUUCGAUUUCACUACUAAUGAAAACUGCCAGAAAAGCAAAAUUUUCUUCAUUGCAUGGUCUCCUGAUACAUCAAGGGUGAGGAGUAAGAUGUUGUAUGCCAGCUCCAAGGAUAGAUUCAAGAGAGAACUGGACGGAAUCCAAGUCGAAUUGCAGGCAACAGACCCUAGUGAGAUGAGCAUGGACAUCAUCAUAAGCCGAGCACUUUAAAGAGGAAACAGCAGAACAGACAUAGCGUUCGGUUUCUCAUGUCUCAAAUCUAAUUGACAUUCAGCUACUCCUUACUGAUUCUUCAUAUUUUGGGCUCUUCUUUUUUCUAUUUGUAUGUGUGGGAUUUUAAUGGCUUUUCGUUGCGUCUUUCGAAUUCAAAACAUUUGUCAUUGAAUGUGAUAAUAUGCAUUGUUUUUCUUUUUUUUGUUCAGUCAUUUUGAUAAAUUCUUUUGUGUUUCCUCUUUCACAUAGAUUCGAAAA